AUGAGUGGAGCACUUUAGAGAAUUUCGAAUACUGCAAACUACAUUCACGAAAAUAGCAACACAGUUUCAGAGGAAUUCAAUCAAUUCAGUCCCUAACAAAACCCUUUUCUAAGAGAUCAAAACAUCAUCAGCUCUUCACAGUAGUAGAAAUUUAAGGUGAAUGGUUUGCAAAUGUCGGGAGGAUAGAAAGAAAGAGACUCAAUCACCAGUAUAAAAAGUAAUCACGGUAUGCAGAUUUCAGGUUCUCACCAAACCAAUAUUUUAAAGACAGUAGCUGGCAAUAUCAUGGAUCAUAAACCUAAUAUUCAAAUGUUUGAAAAUGCACAAUCUUCAUAAAUUUCUAGAUACAAUCCAAUUGAAGAUAAUAGAGAAGGAUAUAAUGAUAAAGGAAGUGUGAUGAGCAAUCUUAUGGGUUAAGGCAUUAUCGGUUAGCAUCAAAAUUAAAUUAAUGGAGGAAGUUUGGUCUAAGGUACCAAAUCUACAACUGCUUUAAAUAGUGUGGGUAAUCUCAUCACGAGAGACUAGUAAUUAAAUCCUAAUCAGUCAACUACUAAUAGCCAAAUUAUGCUACUCAGAAAUAGCAUAGGAUAAAAUUCGAACAUUAAUCAAAAUCUUGGAGGAUUGACAACGACAGGAGGAUUAUUUUAACAACAAAAUCCAAUAUCAAAUAGAGUAGUAAGUGGAACUUAGAACAUCAACACAAGCGCAUCAAAUAUGGGUAAUAAUCAGUAUUUCAAAAAUGCGAAGGCUCAUCAAAACGAUAGAGUCUCUACACAUCAAACUUACGAUAAGAAAAAUAUUUUUUCAUAAACUGGAGGAAAUACACUUAUCAAUCAAAAUGGUACAUAAAGUAAUCAGACCGGUUUACUUCCUAGAAUCUCAAACUUACGCAACGAAGUCACAAUACUAUUUAAAAAUACAAAUGGAAGCCAAAACAACUAAGUACCUCAAUAGUUGUUUACUAAUACUUAGGGAAAUAAUAUGGGUGCGUCUAAGACAAAUAACACAGCAGGUGGAAGAAUGAAUAGUAAACCAAUGUCUUCACCUAGAGCAGUCAACUAAAAUCUAAAUAAUUUUAAUGGAUAGUAGUCAAUACUAGCUGAUAACACCUACACUGGGACUAAGAAUUUAAUGGAUAGACUACUUUAGCAUCCGUAAUAAUAGCAUAGUCUAGAUUUCAAUCAUAACUAGAAAAAACUCCUUCAGAGCAACCAGGAGAAUAACAUCAUGAUACUGAAGGAUGAUUAUUCAAAAAGUUUGAUAGAACAUAGUGAAAGCUUGAAUGGAAAAACUAGAAAGAGGCUAAGGAGUAAUCAUUAGCAGAAGCAUGCAAACCCUGGAAACACCACUGAAAAGGAUGAACCACCUUUUUAUACUCAGCAUGAUGUUGAUGAAAGUUUCAAUUCAGAUAGUAAUCAAAAAUAAGUAUAGCUAUACUAUUCUGAAAAAGUAGGUGGAAUACAGGAGAGUUAAAUUGUUUAUGAUUAUCAUAUUAAGCAUGGCAUGAUUAAGGAUGAUAUGAGUAUUGGAGGUUUUAAUAAACAGACGUUUAGUAAUGAUGAUUAGCAUUAGCUUGCAUUGACUCCUCAGAUAAUGUCCAGUUAAUCAAAUAAGAGAAGAAAUAAUGUAUCUAAGUAGUAAGAAAAUAUCCUAAGCUAAUAAUAACAAAUGUUUAUUAGCUAAUAACAAAAAUAAUAAUUCUUUGCGAGAAGAACAGGGAGUAAUAAAGAGUAAGCUGGUCCUUUCUAAUAUCCCAACUAAUUCUAGUAUAAGACUUAGAUGGGGUAAAUUUAAACCUCCUUUGAUUAGAAUACUCAUCUUAAUAAUCUAUCUCCAUUAAAUGCCCAUCUUUAGAACAAUCAAAAUGAGAAUAGUCCAAUGCUAUAAAAUCUUAACAGUGCAGAAUAUUAGCGAAUGAACUCAUAUACCUAUAAAAAUUAGAUGCAGCACUAUCAUCAAAUGAGAGAUUAAAAAUCAGAUGAAAAUUCUCCCGAUAAGCUAUUAGAGUCAGAUUUAAGCAAAUCAAAGACUUAAUAGCCUAAUGCUCAAUAAGAAGUUUAACCCAAAAUACCUGUUAUUUGUGGAUUCCAUAAAAGAGUAUUACUACUAACAUCAUAGGUUGGUGUCACAGGACCUAACUAGAAUUCAUAAAAUGCAAUGGCUUAAACUAGAAGAAUAAGAAACAAAAAUCCAAACUGCAAUCAUAAUAACAACUUCACUUUCUAUUAGCCUUCUUAUAAUAAUGUCAAGUAUGACGAUUCCUAUAAAAAGAAAGAAGAAGUAUUAAGGAAAGUCUUCUUUAAGGAAUGUGCUAAGGAGGAGGAAAAGAGGACCACAAACUCAGCUUAAAAUCCCACAAACCCAAAUUAGAGUGGUUAAGUUACCAAACCCAGCCAUCAAUAGAAUAAGGUGAGUAUGAAUGAUCCAAUAGCACAUCUGAAAAUAAUCGAAAAUGCUAUAUGUCAAUCUUUAUUUACUGAUUAUGAAAACAGUAAAAAUUCAAAUAACAGCGGUAUUUAUGCUUCACAAUCUACCAGAGGACCAACUUUAAUGACAGAACUUGGACUGGAGUAAGCUAUUGUUGCUCAUAAAUCCUUUUUACUUGCCCUAAUUUAAGCUGGUAAGAUCAUCAAUGAAAAUAUGUUCAAGGUACUCCAUGAGUUUAAACAGAGUGCUAGAGAUUUUGAUAAUGAAUGUAUCUAUUGCAAAUACUCUUAAUAUGCUCUAAGGGAAAGUGCAAAAGUCGGAACAACCUCCUCUUUUGUUAAGAGUACUGGAGAUAGUGAAACUCUUAUGAUUACAGAUGGCACAACCUAACCAUAAGAUCCGAGAAUAGAUAAUCUUGUGAGAAUGUUUCAAAGUCAACUGUUCAAGAGAUCUUUCAUUAAUACUUCCUUGAUGAUUAUUUAAAGGAAAAUGAAUGAAAAACUUUUGGCUAAAUAAAAAUCAGGUGCUCCUGAUAAGAAUGAUAAAAAGAAAAGUCUACCUACUGGUGGAUCAAAAGAUCAAUAGCAAAAGAAAGGUUCAAAUACCAACACUAAUCCAUAAAAUGCUGUAACAGUUCCAUAGUCGUCAUUGGAUUAAUUAAGCAAUUAGAUGCAGAAGUUGGCCAAAAAUUUAUCUAAUCCAAAAGAUAAAGAAAAGUUUUUAGAGCUUAAGGAGAAAUAUUACAAAGAAUUUCUGCUAAAAAUAAAUCAAAGCAAUGGUAUCAGCAUAAAUUUUCCAAAAACUAGCUUUGUGCCAUACAAAUAUUAUGUUGGUAAAGGUAAUAACUCUCUUCUUGUAAGAAACUGCCUUAAGUAAAGAUUUUGGUGGUCUAUGGGAGAUUUUGAGGAGUGGCAUGAGUAUAACUUUAUUUGGACAUAGUGGAAAUCCAACAAAAUUAUUAGUGUGAUAAAAUCCAAUCAGGAUGUAAUUUAAGCAUAAAAGGAUGAGGGAACUAGAUCAGGCCUAACCUCUGGUGGAACUACAGCAGUAGGUACUUCUGACUCUUUGCUGUCUACUCAGAUGACUGUAACUGACAGAGAUAGUAAUUCCUCUGUUGAGACUCUUCUUGCUACUCCUACUAGAAGAAAAAGAGCAUCAACACUUCCUCAGAAUGCCAGUUAAAUAACAUAAAAUAACUUAGCAGCAAACAAGAAAGGUGCUAAUAGUUCUAUAAGUAAUAGCGCUAGUAAAAACAUCAAAUUACAAAAUGUAAAUGCAGCUGCUGCAGCAAAUAAUGAAGAAAAAGAACCGAAAUAGCAAACAUCUCAUAGCAUAAUAACUUACGGCCACAUGGAAAAUAAUUUCCAUCUCAGUAAUAAAAAAGCUAUUUAUUACAAUAUGAAGAUAUAUUAUGAGUCUAUUGGAUAAGAUUGGUGGAAAGUCCUACCCCUUACUUUCCAUGUUAAGGAAGGUCCAAAUGACAAAGAAUUCUUAAAAUUCUAAGAAAUAUUUAAAGGAAAUGAUAAUGGCCAAUAUGGCAAUCUUGAUAAACUUGGGAAAACUAUAUGGAUUGUGAAGCCUGGUGAAAAUACUAAUAGAGGCUGUGGUAUUUAAGUGUGUAGAGAGAUACAAUAAAUAAGAGAAAUAGUUUCAAACACUAAUGUCAAUGGGUAAAAAAGAUCCUAUAUAAUAUAAAAAUAUAUUGAAAAGCCUCUGCUUUAUAAAAACAGAAAGUUUGACAUCAGAUGCUAUGCAUUGAUCACAACUGUUAAUGGAAACAUGCAAGGAUAUUGGUAUAAUGAAGGAUAUCUCAGAACAAGUAGUAAAGAUUUCAAUCUCAAAAAUGUAACUAACAGAUUGAUCCAUCUAACUAAUGACGCUGUUCAAAAGAAGUCAGACGAUUAUGGUAAAUUUGAGUCAGGGAAUAAACUAUCAUACUCAGAUUUCUAAAAGUAUCUCGACUCGAUCGAAGUAAAAUGCAACAUUGUAAAAGAGAUUGUUCCACAGUUAAAGAAAAUUGCGACUGACACUAUCAAAGCUGUUUCAAGGAAACUAGACCCUCAUAGAAGACAUAACACUUUUGAAAUAUUUGGGUAUGACUUCAUGAUUGAUGAGGAUUUAAGACCUUGGCUAAUCGAAGUCAAUACCAAUCCAUGUCUAGAAUUGUCUGCCCCAUAUCUAGCUAGGCUCAUUCCAACUAUGAUCGAAAAUGCAGUCAAGUAAUUUAAAUAAUUAUUUAUUUUCUUUAGAAUCGCUGUUGAUCCAUUGUUUCCACCUCCACCUUGGCCUAAUGCUAAGAAACAUAUGAUCCCUGAUUGCACUGAUAAUAAGUUUGAGCUUGUAUUUAAUGAAUCUACAGAUGCAUAAGAGUUGAAAAAUUUACCUAUAGAUGAUACCAUGAAUGGUAUAAUAGAAGAGGAGGAAAUGGAAGAUGAGGGAUCCGAUGGAGAGGAAGAGGAUCUAUCUUGA